GCUAGCUGGUGCAUGUCAAAAAAAAAAUCAUAACAAAUUAGUCUCAAACAAACGACGACCCGAACCAGCCCACAGUCCCCAGCAGCCUUCACAAUGCCAGUUAGAUCCGAAGAUAUACGGGAAAAAAUAGAAAAUGGAAUCUACAAGCUUGCACUCAACGACAAAAGCACGCGCAGCACUGUGUGGCGCGUUUACCGAAAAAUUGAGAAAGAGGAUGGACAUGUCCUUGAGAACAUAUUAUAUUGCACUGGCUGCAAGGGCUUAAUGUCGUUCACCCACAAAUCGACGACAAAUCUACGGCGCCACAGGUGCCAUCUGCAGUAUCUAAAAAAGCAACUUCUCUUCGGAUGCAAGUCUAGCCCAAAAACACACAAAACCGAAAUCGACACCAGCGACGAGGAGCUUCAUUCACCUAACCACCAAACUGAACGUAUACCCGCCGUCUCAGAGAUGGCGGUGAACAAGGAGGAAAAACAUCAGCACCUCGACGACGAGGAUGAGAAGAAACCCACUGCCGCCGACGUUGCCGCCUUCGCCAGUGCUUGCAUCGUUCAGCCUCAGCUCCAGUCCCAGCCCCAUCUCCAGAAUCAGCCGGACAUGCCGGGGUCCCUCGAUGUCAGUGAAGCCCAGGAGUCCUCUAUAUACGCCCAAACAUGGUCCCUGGAGUAUCGCAAGCUCAGUGAAGACCAAAAGUUCUAUGCCAAACGAGCAAUUGACGAGAUCUUUGUCCUGGGCCGAUUACGGCGCUUAACAUUAAACACGGUGCCACCAGCUGAGUAAAUAGUCCUCUCCUUGAAAUAGUUGCCAUCAUCUGUACAUAUACAAAUUGGUAUUAAUUCAAAUAAAUAUUAAUAGUGGAAACCGGUCUCGGUUA